AUCUCCUCUCCAUGUGAGGCAUGCAAAUCCAGCUCCUUUCUAAGACUGGACUAGUGAAGAGAGGAGAUUUCCUGAAGCUAGUGCAGCACUGACUGAGGGGUGCCCGUGUGCACACAGAGACACACACCCGGAGGGCAUCAGCCUGCACCAGAAGGGUCCGUGUGCCCAGCCGCUGGCCACUGACCCGUGGAAGCCCCUUGGCAAGUGCCGGGAGAGGGAGCGACCGAGGAACAAGUGAAAGUCUUCUUCACAGGAUGGAGGCUGGAGAUGGAGGCUUUCUAACAGGGGCCUCCUCUCUCUGUGUCCUUCUGUUUGGUUUUUGUGUUUUGGAGAAGGGAUCUAAACUGUGAAGUCGGACUGCCUUUUCCUUUCCAGUGCUCAGGGGCUGUUUCCUGAGGCCUCAGGCAUGGCCUUUGGCUGGCGGGACUUGUCCCUUUGUCUUCUGAGUUCUCUGCCUAUCUUGACCCUUCCAGGAAAGAGCUGACAUAGAGAGGGAAUGGACUGGAAGUGGCAGUGGCCUUGGGGUAGGAGAUGCACUUCCCAGUUUCUGGUGUGGAUGGAGGGGUUUGACUCCCCUCCUUCCCUACCCGAGUCCAAGUGCAGCCGUCUACAUCUCUGGAGCCUGCUGUGGAUGCUUCUGACACGCAUGGCCUUUGGUUCUAGCUCUUGCUCCACGGUUUUCGGAGACAGACAGCUCCCGAGACACCCCUGAGUGUUAGCCCAAUCGUCAGAGAGCUUCACCUAGAGCGAGGCCGUCCCAUAGAACUUUCUGUGAUCAUAGAAGCGUUCUGUGCUGCCCUACCCACCGUGGUAGCCGCCAACUACAUGUGGUCACAGAGCCCCUGAAAUACUGUCAGUGCAACUGAGAAACCACAAUUUACCUUUUAUUUUAUUGUGAUGACUUUUAAUAAUGUAAAGAGACCUAUGGCCCUUGCUGCCUUGGGCGUGCAGGUCCGCAGCCAUCUCUGGCGGGGCCUCGGGCCCACAGCUGAGAUGUGGAAGACACUUCCUCUGGCCCCAGGCGCUCACAGGCUGCGUGAGACCUGCUGAGAGGUGGCACUCAGUGCCCUCACAGAAGGCAGCUUGGGGUCCGUGGGCGCAAGCCAGCAAAUUCACCCUGGGAGGUCAGAGAAGGACUGGCUGCCAGCGAGGACUUCCCUGAGAGCCAGGAACUAGGCUGCUGGAAGGGCAAGAUGGAGGGAUCAGUGCCUGCGAAGACCCUGAGGUCUAAGAGAAGUGGUGCAGACUCACAGGAAGUGUUUGCAAAGAGCUUGGCCUGGGAGGAGACUUGUGAGGAAAUGGUUGGCUCAUGGAGGUCUUGGCGUGUGGAGAGUAGGGGUUGGGGUUUUAUCUAGAGAUCUCUGCAGUGUGUGUGGGAGAGAGAGGGAGAGAGAACAGGAGAAUUGUUCUAGGGAAACUCAAACCCCAGCUGGUGAAAAGGCUGGGUUCACCCUGAGGACACGUGAAAGGGGAGACCCUGUGGGGAUGCGGGGUGCCACGCAGGGCAGGGCCCUGGGGACUGGCAUGAUCAUGGGCCCCUCCUGCUCCCUGGAGCCCCACACUCUACUUCCACCCUCACCCCCAAACCUUCCACAGGUUCAAAAUCUCGGCUCCGUGUUCCGGCUGCAGCUGGCGGGGAAAUGAUGUCACAGCCUGCUGGCGUGGAGCCAUUUUGUUUCUGCAGCAAUUUCCCCGUUGGAAGUUGUUCAAGGAAGUGGCGAGCGCUGGCUGGGGUCAGUCCCAGCGGCGGGCGGUGGGCGCUGCAGAGGCCGGGACUCGGGCUCCAGGCCCCAGGGUCCCCGGAGUGUGCCCUUGCUGGUGGCGUUUUCCGAACCAAAGAUGGAGGCCAAUCUGGAGAUCCUCAACGAGCUCACUCUGGAUGCCCUGCUGGACAUGAACGAGGUCAAGGUGAAGGAGACACUGCGGCGCUACGGGGCCAACGCCGAGGAGUGUGGCCGCCUGCAGUGCGCCCUCGCCUGCCUGCGGAAAGUGACAGGUCUGGGAGGGGAGCACAAGGACGACUCGGGCUGGAACGCAUCGGAUGCCCGGCGGGAGAGUGGCUCAGGGCCUUCUGCGGACUCCCUCUCGCCAGCCUGCCCGCCCUGGCCCCCGGGGAGUGCCCAGGUGGGCAGGCCGGGCAGCAGUGCCCAGGGCCUGCGCUCCAUCUCCGUGUCCGCUCUGCCAACCUUGGACUCCCCAGCCUCCGGCCCCUGCGAGGGCCCCGCGGACACCUGUGUCCCCCUGCACGCCAGCGGCCGGCUGACCCCCCGCACCCUGCACAGCUUUAUCACCCCGCCAACCACGCCGCAGCUGCGAAGGCACACGAAGCUGAAGCCACCGCGGACGCCACCCCCGCCCAGCCGCAAGGUCUUCCAGCUGCUGCCCAGCUUCCCCACACUCACCCGGAGCAAGUCCCAUGAGUCUCAGCUGGGGAACCGCAUCGACGAGGUCUCCCCAGUGAGGUUUGAUCUCCCGUACGGAUCCCCACAGAUGGUACGAAGGGACAUCGGGCUGUCAGUGACUCACAGGUUCUCCACCAAGUCUUGGCUGUCACAGGUCUGUCAUGUGUGCCAGAAGAGCAUGAUGUUCGGAGUGAAAUGCAAGCACUGCAGAUUGAAGUGUCACAACAAGUGCACAAAAGAAGCCCCGGCCUGUAGAAUAUCCUUCCUCCCACAACCCAGGCUUCGGAGGACGGAAUCCGUCCCCUCGGACAUCAACAACCCGGUGGACAGAGCAGCUGAGCCCCACUUCGGAACCCUCCCCAAAGCACUGACAAAGAAGGAGCACCCUCCGGCCAUGAACCACCUGGACUCCAGCAGCAACCCGUCCUCCACCACGUCCUCCACGCCCUCCUCGCCUGCACCCUUCCCGACAUCGUCCAAUCCAUCCAGCGCCACGACGCCCCCCAACCCCUCCCCUGGCCAGCGGGACAGCAGGUUCAACUUCCCAGCUGCCUACUUCAUUCAUCAUAGACAGCAGUUUAUCUUUCCAGACAUCUCUGCAUUUCCACAGGCAGCCCCGUCCCCGGACGCAGCAGACAGUACCCGGCUCGACAACCAGCCCAAAGCAGACGUGUUGGAGGAUCACGAAGUGGAGGCCGAGGAGACCGAGGCUGGCAAGUCCGAGGCGGAGGACGACGAGGACGAGGUGGACGACCUGCCGAGCCCCCGCCGGCCCUGGCGGGGCCCCAUCUCUCGAAAGGCCAGCCAGACCAGCGUGUACCUGCAGGAGUGGGACAUCCCCUUCGAGCAGGUGGAGCUGGGCGAGCCCAUCGGGCAGGGCCGCUGGGGCCGCGUGCACCGCGGCCGCUGGCACGGCGAGGUGGCCAUCCGCCUGCUGGAGAUGGACGGCCACAACCAGGACCACCUGAAGCUGUUCAAGAAGGAGGUGAUGAACUACCGGCAGACACGGCACGAGAACGUGGUGCUCUUCAUGGGGGCCUGCAUGAACCCGCCCCACCUGGCCAUCAUCACCAGCUUCUGCAAGGGGCGGACGUUGCACUCAUUUGUGAGGGACCCCAAGACGUCUCUGGACAUCAACAAGACCAGACAGAUUGCUCAGGAGAUCAUCAAGGGCAUGGGGUAUCUACAUGCCAAGGGCAUUGUUCACAAAGAUCUCAAAUCCAAGAACGUCUUCUAUGACAAUGGGAAAGUGGUCAUCACGGACUUUGGGCUGUUUGGGAUCUCGGGCGUGGUCCGAGAGGGACGGCGUGAGAACCAGCUGAAGCUGUCCCAUGACUGGCUGUGCUACCUGGCCCCGGAGAUCGUCCGCGAGAUGACCCCCGGGAAGGACGAGGACCAGCUGCCGUUCUCCAAAGCUGCUGACGUCUAUGCAUUUGGGACUGUUUGGUAUGAACUGCAAGCAAGAGACUGGCCCUUUAAGAACCAAGCUGCAGAGGCCUUGAUCUGGCAGAUUGGAAGUGGAGAGGGAAUGAAGCGUGUCCUGGCCUCCGUCAGCCUGGGGAAGGAAGUCACUGAGAUCCUGUCUGCCUGCUGGGCUUUCGACCUACAGGAGAGACCCAGCUUCACCCUGCUGAUGGACAUGCUGGAGAAACUGCCCAAGCUGAACCGGCGGCUCUCCCACCCCGGGCACUUCUGGAAGUCUGCUGACAUUAACAGCAGCAAAGUUGUACCCCGGUUUGAAAGGUUUGGCCUGGGUGUCCUGGAGCCCAGUAACCCAAAGAUGUAGCCAACCUGGACAGUUUUUCUGCCGAUUUCUUUCUUUCUUAAAUGCGUUCCUGAAACCUCCAACCAACCUCCGUGAGAAAAGUGAAAACACUCUCCAAGACUUCAGUUCACCCUCCUAAGUGCCGCAAACCAGGAGAUGAGUCAUCAAUUCAGACCAUUCACCCACUGCAACACCCGGGGGGAGAGGAGCUGCACCUGCUGUUUCUUAAAGUGACAUCACCAACAACCAGACCCACCCUGACCGGCAGCGGAUGUUUACAUGUAUGUUUCUAUGGCGUGAACUCUGUCUCCCAGCAGGUAAUAAUAAAAAGUGCUCUGCAGCAAUGUGCUGGUACUGCUGGCCAGGAUGGUGGAAGCGACCUUCCCUUCUGGAGACCCCCCCGUUGGCAGUGAGGAAGAAGGGAAGAAAGGCAUCGUGACUGUGGCUGCUCUCGAGGUGGGCUCGGGGCCGCGAGGUGUGGCCUGGACUCUGCUUUGGCCCGCAACCCCAUCCGUGGGGGACUGCCCUCCAUAGGGGUCUCCCCGUACCCGCCCGAAGGGACACGAUCCCUGUUUCCUCUGGCAGAGGAAACCCCGGCUAGGAACCAAGCUGGAUUAUGAGUCAGGAUUCCUGUUCCCAGAGAGGUCAGGUUCCCCUGUGGCCCCAGCGACCCAGCCUGCACCAGCCGGAGCAGUAGAGGCAGCCGAAAGCCAGACGUCUGGACCAACCCAGUGGUCGGUAGGCAGGCUUCGCACUCAUCCCAGCCCCCAGCUGACCUCUGAGCUAAGGUGCUGAGAGGAGAAGUGGCAGGCAGUGGGGUCCCUGAGUCCACCCUCCCAGGCACAGGGUGACCUGGCUCUUCGGCCAGCCCAUCAGCUGUCAUGCCAAGGUUCCAGAACUGCCCACCUCUUCUCUCCCAGUCGUUCGCAAAGCCCUGGCCACUCUCGACUCUGCCGCUGUCUGCGUCGAAGCUCUCGGCUCGGACGGGAGGCCUGUGCCCCCGACGCCUCUCGUCUAGACCGCCAGCCCCCAGACUUCAGGGCCUCCGUGGGCCAAGUCGAGGCCACUUGCAUGUGUACGUUUGCACCAGAAGAAGGGCCUUCACUGGGGGGAAGUCGUUAUGUGAGAGCAUCCUGCCUCUUCAUUAGAGGCUGUCCCCUAAAAAGAAAAGUUCCAAACGGGAGAGAAGCCUUCGGUGGACCUUCCGCCACAUUGGGCCCCACCCCAGAACUGACCAAGGGAGACGAGAAGUGGUUGGAUUCAGACCCAGAACCUGUGUCCGUGCUCUGAGCCAAGACAGGGAGGCAGGUAGACCUCCCAUCCCUUUCAUUUAGAUUCCCCUAGCAAAACUCCCAAUCUUCAGAGCCUCCCCUGGGGUCUGGCUACAGUGUCCUGGGAAGUGGGCCACUGCCUAGAAGUUGGAGGGCCACCUUUCUGUCUCUGGGUCAGGCGCCCCCUGGCCCGGCCCACACUCGCUCGGAGAGCACGGCGGUGCAGCAGGCAAGGAACCCCAGGCUCCCGCCACCCAUCCGCGCCGCAGACCCAAGCUCCCUACCCUUCCCAGCCAGGGAGUGUGGGGAAGACAGAAGCUGUGAACCAGCCAGACUCAGCCCCAGGUGGCUCUUCCCUCCUCCGUGAGACCGCUUGUUUCAUCCUCUCGUCCCUUGACCUCCCCGUGGGCGUCACUUCCGCAGGUCAGUUCAAGAAGCUGGCCUCAAACCCCUACCGUGUCUUGUGUGAGUGCAGGGGCCCACAGUGAGCGCACAGUUCCUGCCCUUAAAGAACCGACACUGCCAGGAGCCUUGAAGGUGAGCUGAGGCCCUGAGGACACCCCUGAUUUUCUUUGGGGCACUGGACGGCCUCCCAGCUCAUGGCCCAGCCUCUGCGCUGCCUGUCAUUGAAAAAAAAAAAGUGUCUCCUUCUGUCUCCUUAAGUGACUGUUAAUUGAGGUCAGGAAGACGUGCUUGCCGUUCUGUGUCCUCUCCCCGUUGGGCGCAGGAACACAGGAAGGACACAGAUACUGUGAGUCCAGCGCUCACAGCCAAGGGCCUCCUUGGCGGAAGCUCUGGGGGCUGUGGAGUCCGGGGGGGAGGGGGGGGGCGGUGCUGAGAGUAGAGCCCAAGCUUUGGUCCUUUACAGCAGGCCCCCAGUCCCCAGUGUUCCCCGCUCCCCCAAACCGUGGGGCCCGUGCCCCUGCUGCCUUUAGCCACCAGAGCCACAGUCCAUCCAACUCGAGAUCUUGGAUCCUAGCAAGUGCCCAUUAGUCGUGGGCAGCGUAGCAACCUUUGACCUGAAAUCCCCGCGAUGUACGCUGGAAUCCGCCCCCUCGUGGCACUUCUUCUCGUGACCACAGGGGGCAGCCGUGCGCCCCGUGGGCAUGUACUGCCCUUGUUCCGUGUUGACGUGGGGGGCGGGGCGGAGACACAAAUGUGAAGCCUUUUAGGGAGCUCGGUUAAUGCUGCAGCGUUAGCCAGGAUUUCAUCAGUGUGUGUGUAAAGCUGGCGUCUUCCGUGCCCACAGGCACACACCUGCUCUUUUUUUUUUCUCGAAUGUGAUGUAAAAUUUGUACAGUAAAAGUUUUUAUAUUUUCUAUCAACUGCAUUUGUCUUCCAGAAAUGCUAUUAAUUUAAAUUAAAAUGGUUAGUAUUCAUGAACGUGCUGUAUCAGUUUUUUGCCACUGGCAAGAACACAUCCUUUGUGCCAGGCCAAGCCUGGGUGUCUGGAGUUUGUGAAUAAAAUCGUACCAAGGUG